AUGAGUACUGCCGACUGUGAAAGUCGAGCAUACAAGUACAGCGCUGAAGCGUGCAGCAAAGCGCUAGAAAUUGAGACCCAUCGCAAAGCGCAGGACGCCAACGUGCGUCAGAGAGAGCGAGAUGAGGCGCGGCGUAAGGCGAUGGAGGUGGAGGCGCGUGAAAACGAGGCUCGCCGAAGAGCGCUAGAACUAGAAGCGCGUCGAGAAGCGCGUAAAGAUAAGGCAUUUCGAAAAGCUAUGGAGGCUGAGGCCCGUCGCGAAGCACAAGCCGCCGAAGUGCGCCAGAGAGAGCAUGACGCUGAGGUGCACCGCGAGGAGUUAGGGGCCGAGGCCCAUCGCACGGUUAAGGACGCCGAGGCACAUCGCGAAGCGCUAGAGACGGAGCCGCUUCACAGCACACAUGAUCCAGAUGCAUCGCAUCAAAAAGAGUUUGACAAGUCGAGUCGUAAGGCGCUACAGGUUGACGCCUGUCGACAGAAUAUUGAGCAGGAUGCGCGAGAUAAAGCGCUACAGAAUAAAGCUCUUAAAAGAGAGCACGAGGCUGACUUCGAAGGGCAGAGAACAAGGGCUAACCACGACAGCGAUAAACCCCCACCGAUCGAAAGCUCUUUAGGCGAGUUAGUUGCUUUUAAAGGCAUCGGGACUCCCGUUCUGUCCCAAGCAGAGGCAGCAAGCAACGGGCCCGAGGAUAAGCUAGAUAACCAGUGUGGAACUUCGGGAGUACUUGUCAAAGGCAGCACACUUGGAACGCCACCACUGUUCUUCAAGGAGGAGCCUCCCGGCUGGGUUCCCUUCUUGAACAGCACGGGCGCCGUCGUGCCGUGCUCGGCGGGUGGUUCUCCGCCUCCCACGGUCACAUGGCGCAAAGCGGACAGCGGCGCACCCGUCACCGAGCUGCCCGGCCUGCGGCAGCUGCGGCCCGAUGGCUCACUGGUGUUCCCGCCCUUCGGCGUUGACCAGUACCGACCCGACGUACAUGCUACCAGCUACCGCUGCGAGGCAUCCAACAGUUUCGGCAUCAUCGGCAGCAGGGACGUUCGCGUCACAGCCGGUACGUGA